CUAUUUCAAACAUGGCGUCCGAAGCUGAGGCGGGCAACACAACGGCGACAGAAGUGGACGCCGGUAGAGGGGAUGCUCCAUUCAGUGAAACUCCCUCCAACAUCGAUACUGAAUCCUCCAACGGUAAAGAGGCCAUGGAGACAGGGGGUGAUGGAUCGGAGGUGGCUGAGACCUUGACAGGGUCAGGGGAUGAGGAGUCUGGGCGGCAGCUGGGUGAGGUGGAGCUGCAGUGCGCUCUCUGCACCAAGUGGUUCACCGCGGACACCUUUGGCAUCGACACAGCAACGUGUCUUCCAUUCAUGACAAACUACGUGUUCCACUGCAACGUGUGCCACCAUAGCGGGAACACAUACUUCCUGAGAAAACAGGCCAAUCUGAAGGAAAUGUGUCUCACUGCUCUGGCCAACCUGACAUGGAGGUCUAGAACUCAAGAAGAACAUCCAAAGACCAUGUUCUCCAAAGAUAAGGACAUAAUCCCUUUCAUCGACAAAUACUGGGAGUGCAUGACGACCCGCCAGAGACCGGGCAAGCUCACGUGGCCCAACAACAUUGUCAAGACAAUGAGUAAAGAACGAGACGUUUUCCUGGUAAAGGAGCAUCCGGAUCCUGGGAGCAAAGACGUGGAGGAGGAGUUCCCCAAGUUUGGCCUCCUGGACCAGGAGCUGGGGAGCAUUGGACCAUCUUAUGAUGCACAGAAGCAGUCCACUGCUGCGCCCUCUGCUGGAGGCCUGAAUGGUGGAUCUGCCUUCUCAGCAGGGGCUCUGGCUCCAGGUCCAGGAAAAGGACGAGGAGCUAAGCGCAAACAGCAGCAGCAGCAAGAGGGCGCCGCCACCGGAGCCGCCAAGAGAACUCGCAGUGACCCGCUCUUCUCAGCUCAGCGUCUGCCCCCUCAUGGUUACCCCCUGGAGCACCCCUUCAACAAGGAUGGAUACCGCUACAUCCUGGCAGAACCGGACCCACACGCUCCGGACCCCGAGAAGCUGGAACUAGACUGCUGGGCUGGGAAACCCAUCCCGGGUGACCUGUACCGGUCCUGCCUGUACGAGCGAGUGCUGCUGGCUUUGCACGACCGAGCCCCUCAGCUGAAGAUCUCUGACGACAGACUGACGGUGACAGGGGAGAAGGGCUACUCCAUGGUCCGCGCCUCACACGGGGUCCGCAAAGGAAGCUGGUUCUUCGAAGUGACUGUGGACGAAAUGCCUCCGGACACAGCGGCCCGCCUGGGCUGGUCCCAACCCCUCGGGAACCUACAGGCGCCGCUUGGGUACGACAAGUUCAGCUACUCGUGGAGAAGCAAGAAAGGAACACGCUUCCAUCAGUCCAUUGGAAAACAUUACUCAGCAGGUUAUGGUCAAGGAGACACUCUGGGCUUCUACAUCGAGCUCCCCGACGACACAGAGACUGCUAGGGCACUACCUGACACAUACAAGGACAAGGCGCUGAUCAAGUUCAAAAGCUACCUGUACUUUGAGGAGAAGGACUAUGUGGACAAGGCUGAGAAGAACCUGAAGCCCAUGAGUCCCAGUCAGAUGAUCUUCUACAAGAACGGGGUCAGCCAGGGCAUGGCCUACGAGAACCUCUUCGAAGGACUCUACUUCCCGGCCAUUUCACUGUACAAGAGCUGCACGGUGUCGGUCAACUUCGGACCUCACUUCAAACACCCCCCCAAGGACGUCAAGUUCCAGCCGAUGAGCGACAUGGGGUGGGGCGCCGUCAUCGAGCACUCGCUGGCCGACAUCUUGUACCACGUGGAGACGGACGUGGACGGACGCCGCAGCCCGCCAUGGGAGGGAUGAGCGCCGCAUGCACACUCUGUUGGCUGGUUUGAUCAGCCAUAAAAUCUCAACUAGUUUUAGUAGAAAUUUGAGCUGAAAAACAUUGGCCCUAUCUGUCGGGGCUUUUUCUAAUUUUAUUUGUUUUCUACCUUCACAGUAAAUAAAGUGCUGCACACUUUUCAGAAACAAGACAUAAACUGGCAACUUUGUUACAAAACAUUUCUCUCGUACUCGGGUCUCGUACAUGCGUGGGGCGGUUUCCAAGGGCACGGGCGGUUGAUCGGUCAGAGGGUGGAGCCGAUCAGUCCAGCCCCCAGGUACGUGUGGUCAGGCAGCAAAAGCUCCUCGUCCGGCGCCUCUGGAGAGCUGUGCUGUGGACGAGGAGAGGACGGUCGAGCAAUUGGUACCACGCACUCCCACAAACAUCUACACUAGCGCUCUGUCGUGUCUGUGAGUGGACGCCCUCUAGGGCUCCAUCUAGUGGUUUAUUCGUUAAAUAAUUCUAAAUAUGUUCUACAUUUUUGUAUGGAUAAAUGAGUCAUGCUCAAACAUAGACACCAGAAAGGCUUGAAUAGAAAGUUAAGUUUCCAUUUUAGCUUCCUGUUGGCCCAUCGAGAGGCCUCAUGUGGUUUUACUUUGCUGUCUUUGAAUAUGUUGUUUUGAGGAUCAGCUGAGUGUCACGCACACUGUCCUCACUGACUCUCUCUCUCACACACGCACACACACACACACUCGUACAGAUCGCUCUUACGUGUCUGCGGAAGAUUCGGUCCAGCAAGGAUUUCGGGCUUCGUUUCUCUGGCACCUGGGUCCAGUCCAGGUCAGCGGGUCGAGACCCCUUUGGUCCAAAUAUGUUGAGCUCUCUGAAGCAGCCUGUCUCAAUGAGCUGCAGAGUCGAGGGCCCUGAUGUUACAGCCGUGGCGAGGGGAGAUGAUGGGUGUGUGUGUGGAGUACCUCAUUCUGCCAGGUGAUGGGAACGCUACCGGUGUUGAACUGAGCGUAGAAGUUGAAGUCAGUCUGGUCCAGCGUGAUCCCCUUCACAGACGAGAAUUCCUCAAUGUCUUGCACAUCAUUGCAGUACACCUGUUUCGGCUGCAGGGGGAGAGAUGAAGCUCUUGAACUGCGUUGGCCCCUCUGACCGGUCUGGGGGCUCUAGGUUAAAGUACUUGCAUCGGGCGUGAACGGCGGCUCCACCAGUCCAGCCUCCAGCAUCCGGAAGUUGAUCUUCUUGAAGAAGCGGUGCGACUGGACCGCGGUGCCACCAGCGCUGCCACAGCCCAGUCUCCUGUGAGGGUCUUUGUUCAGCAGCUGCACCAGAGGACAUGAGUCACUGAGGGUCAGGAAGUCCCGGCAAGAGAGCAGGGACCCACCCGGCUGCAGAGGUCCCGCACGUCUAGGCUGAACUGCUUCCCGUAGUCCACCUGCUCCACCUGGAUCCUGCGCUCCAUCUCUGCAGGUACAGGGUGUUCUCCCCUGGACCUGAGGACGGGCUGCCCUGCCGUCAUCUCGUAGAUGAGGCACCCCAGUCCCCACCAAUCUGCGCUUGUGCCGUAUUGUUUGUGACCUAUGACCUCUGGAGCUGAAACGGGAAGCAGAAGUGUGACCUUUGACCUGGGCGUCCUCGGGCUGAUGGCGGGGACACUCACCCAUGUACCCGAGCGUUCCCCCACGUCCGUGCACCAGGCAGCCGUCCUGGAGCCGCACCGCCAGGCCCAAGUCUGAGAUGCGUAUGUGACCUACCGCAGGGGGA